AUGGCCACAUCGGGAGACUUCUCGAUCGGGAUCUCCGCAGAGGAGAAACUUGCUCUCCCUCUAGAUGAGCUGAUACAGAAGACCAAAAAGCACAAGCUCAAGACCAAGACGACCGAGUCGAAGGUGAAAAUUACGCAGAAGAAGUCCAAAAAUUUGAGCCACAAGCAGAAAAAUGUGAAAAAGACGGUGAUUGUGCCUAUACCUAAGGUCGCUCGUGCGAAGGCCAAUGCGGCCUUUGCAUCGGCCAAGCGCCAGACAGUAAUCAACAAGCGACGGCCUGGACUUGUGCUAGUUGCUAAAAAAGGCAAGAAGGUUGUUCCCACUGUGCAAUUGCGACCUUUCAAGACAUCGGCGGCACGCAAGCAGCUCAAGGAAUCCAAGGCUGCGAUCCAGAGAGGAAUUGACGUAUCCAACAUCAUUAACCACUUUCGCUCGCAUCCUAAAAAGUUUGAUGUUCCCAAGGGUAGCAAUCUUCGCAUCACCAUCAAUCUCAAUAAUGUGAAGCCAGUAGUUGGUGGAAAAAAGUAG